AUGGCCGACGAUAUUGUGUUUGAAUUAUUGCAUUCCGAAAUAAUAAAUUACGCUUUAGAUCAAUCAAAGGAUAAUGCCAAUGAUAAAAAGGAGGUGGACCUGUCUGUCGUUGAGUACAUUGGAUUUGCUGCAGGAUAUAAAAUAAUGGAAAGACUAACCAGAGAGUGGCCCAGAUUCAAGGAUGAACUGGAUACAAUGAAGUUCAUUUGCACAGAUUUUUGGACAUGUAUUUAUAAAAAACAAAUUGAUAAUUUAAGAACUAAUCAUCAAGGAGUUUAUGUGCUACAAGAUAAUGCAUUCAGGUUCCUUACUAACUUUUCUAAUGGACAUCAGUAUCUAGAGUUUGCGCCAAGAUAUGUUGCAUACACCUGUGGAUUGAUCCGAGGAGGUUUGGCUAACUUGUGCAUAAACAGUGUGGUCACAGCAGAAGUCCAGUCCAUGCCGUCUUGUAAAUUUCAUAUACAUGUCCAAAGAACUUAA